UUGACAAACAUUGUGUUUGUGUUUUUGUCAGCGCAUGCGCUCAACACCAACAACAACAUCAUCACCAGUGGAUCAAUUUGAUGACAACAUCAACAAACAAUAACAGACAAUAACAGACAAUAAACAUAAUGACCGUCAAAUCAAGAGAAGAGAUCGACUUUCGACGUCUUCUAUCGAAAUGCGAACAAUUGGUUGAAAAGCAUAUGAAAGACAACAUCAAUACUAACAAUGGCAACAAUAAUUGGCGACUCGAGAGGUACAUUCAUGCGCUAAAUGAAAGACUCAAUGAACUGAAAGAGUUGAACGCCUGUCCAGUCAAUGAAAACAAUUUAUCUAAUUAUAAGAAAAAAGUGUCGUUUUUUAAUUCAUUACUCGAAACACAACUCAUGAACCACAGCAACAACAACAACAACAGUACGGAUCAGCAGUUGAUCAAAACGGAAAUCAUGUCACCGAUUAGUGUUACACCAGUCGAUGGCGGCAUAAGAAGUGAUAAAACAAAAGAAAUUCAUUUGAAUCUCAAGUCGCGACUCGAAAACGAUGUCCGAACUGAACUGUUCGGUAAUAAAGAGUCGUCGAUUCAAAUGAGAAAACGAGUGGCAAAUGACGACACAACCAAUUCAUCUGUCGAUUCCGAUGCCAUACUUCGGUUUCAUCAAUCGGUUCAGGAAAAGGUGGCCCAAGAGAUGAUAACAUUAGUUCAUAAUCUCAAACAAAACUGUAGUCUCAGUAAUGAGAUUAUCAAAAAAGAUACUGAAUCAUUGGAAAAAAGUUCAUCUCUUGCCCAACGAAAUACCGAUAAUCUUAAGGGAAAUACAGUAAAGAUAUCGGAAUACGUUCGCCGUUCGUGUCAAUACUGGCUGUGGAUUAUGUUAUUUAUAGUUGUCUUCACAUUCUUAUGGAUUGUUGUAUUCAUUAGAUUGUUUCCAAAGAAAUAUAAUUGAUAU